AUGUGCUUGUCUGUGGUGGCUGCCAUCAAGAACGGGCUGGCAUUUGAUGCGCGCAUUGCAAAGGCGUGGCUGCGGCCAACUCAAGACGACCACGGCCCAAGCCGAUCACCGCCCUCGAUCUGCUUGUGCUGUUGCUGCUUUACCAAGCACCAGAACGCCCACCGGCGCGGCGCGGAGACCACCGUGAUCAAGCUUGCAAGCACGGGCCGGCUCAUCGCCGCCAUGGCCGCUGCCACGUUUGCCAGACACACGCGCGCGUUCUUGAUGUGCUUCAAGUCGAUUGUGCAAAUGGCGGACAUCCUGAGCCAGCGGCAGGGGGCCGCGUGCCGCGACCUCGCCUUAACGGCCGGAGGUGGUCGGGGCGCUGGUGGCGCACAUUGGCACGGGGCAGGCACAGGAGGUGGACGCAGCCAUGCCUGUGCUGCUACUGUCGCUGGCCACAGACCACCCGAAGCUGCUGCACCCGUUCGCGUGCUCAUGCUGAACGGCAUCCUGGACUGCCUGAGCAACCUGCACUUCAUCCACAUCUGGCAGCUCUUCCGUGUCCUGACCACGCUCACGUUUGACCGCCAGCGCAUCCCCGCCGCAGGCCUCAUCGAUGACGAGAACGAGGAUGAGCUGAAACGCAGCGGCACCAUCGCUGCUACCACCGUCACCCGCACCUGGCUCACUCUCACCAACGACACAGACACCUCCAUCGGCCGCAACCAUCUCUCCUCGCUGUUGCAGACAUUGCAGCUCAUCUAUGUCGACAACACCAACAGCCAUCAAGAGCAAGCACAUCUAUCGGGAUGCGUGAACGGGGAUGGCGGACUCACCAUCGACCCACCGCCGCCACGGCCGCUUGGCUUCAGGUCGCUCGCCGACCCCGACCGAGAAGACGCUGCAGGCGCCGUUCGAGACGAAGCUGAAGCUGCCGGGGAUUGCCGCCGUGUUCGCGGGCAUGAUGCGCUGCAAGACCGAUGUGGAGACAGGGCUGCGGGAGCACGCUGCCGGGACGCGGACGUCUUCUUGUUCCUGAUGUCGCUGCAGCCCUUUGUAUGGUGGAACCUGUCGCUGGGGACGGACAACCUGAACCCGGAGGAGGAGACGGUGGAGGAGGUGCAGCACGAGAGUUGGGCGCAUCCCCGAUUGGCGUGGGCCUGCAGCGACGACGUGUUGUUCCGCACGGUCGUGGACGGACAGCGAGGACAGGCUGGCGACUCAGACAUCCAACGAGGCUGCUGGACGCGUGGGAGCUUGGUGUCUCGCACGCUGCCGAUACUGCCGCACUCUAACGUGCUGGAGCUGAUGCACCAGGCGGGCGUUGUGGGCGUGGACGCGAGGGUGAAAUAG